AUGGUGGAAGAGCAGGCCGAGCCUCAACCACUGCAGCAACCGGCUGUACAGAUCAUGCAAUCUGUAACAAUAACUCCAAUGCCAGAAUUGUGCCCAGAUGCAAAAAUCGGAACAAGCCUUUCGACAAGAUGGAACAAUUGGCAGUCAGAGUUCGAAAUGUAUAUAACCGCAAGUGGAAUAACGGAUUUAAAGCGAAAACGUGCACUCUUGCUAAAUCAAGCUGGACCGAGAGUUCGCAAGAUUUUUAAAUAAAUCCCCGAGACAGGAACUGAUACGGACUACAAUAUCGCGAAGCAGAAAUUAAAGGCUUACUUCGACCCUCAAAAGAAUCGGCGGUACGAAGUUUAUCGUUUUCGACAAACAACUCAAGAACACAAUGAGACAUUAGAUCAAUUUCACACUAGACAUAGAGAAAUGUGACCAGAAACCUGUGAAUUCGCAGACGUUGAAUUUGAAAUCGAAUAACAAAUCAUUAUAGGCGGAAAUUCAUCGAAAAUACGAAAGCGAGCACUGCGUGAUCCUACAUUUGACUUAAAAUCAAUGCUUUUAGAAGGACGUCGUGACGAACAGAGCAAGUACCAAGCUCAACAAAUCGAAUCUAAAGAACAAACUGACGGUGAGGCUAAUAAAUUAGAACAAAAACCUAGUAACGGUAGUAUUUCGAACAAUAGUAAUGUUAUUUGCAGAAAUUGUGGGCGUGCUUAUCCACACACUGGGGCAUGUCCAGCGAAAGGGAAAACCUGUAAUAAUUGUGGAAAACCGAAUCAUUUCGCUGCUGUUUGUCGAGGAAAACAAAAACAAACGCAAUCACCGAGAUAAUCAAACAAAAAGCUUGCAUAAAGAAAUUUAAAAACAUUAGAUUCAGGAUCAAACUCGAGUUCCGAUGAAGACUAUUUAUAUACCAUGACAAAUACAAAGUACAAUAACAAGGUCAAUGUUACAGUAGGCGGUGCCAAACUUCAAACAACAAUUGACAGUGGCGUGACAAUAAAUGUGAUCGAUCGUGACACUUUUAACAAAAUGCAAAACAUAAAAUUAACUCGCACGAACACGAAAGCUUUCGCGUAUAAUACGAAAUCACCAGUUGAAUUUUUGGGAAAAUUCGAAGCGGUAAUCGAAACACGAAACGAAUAUCUGUAGCCACAUUCUAUGUCGUUAAAGCUGCGAACUGUGGAAACUUACUUUCUCUUUCUACUGCACAAGAACUCGGACUUAUUAGUUUGCAUCUAGACAAACUGACAUCAAAGGAUGCCGCACUAGAAAACAUCCUUCAAAAGCAUUUUAAAGUUUUUUUUCGAUCUUGGAAAAUUGAAGGGAGAAAAAGUCAAACUAGAUAUAGACAAAACUAAAAUUCCGAAAGCACAACCCCAAAGGCGCAUACCCUAUCACAUUCGAGAAAAAGUGAAAAACGCGAUAAAUGAAUUAGAAAAUCAAGAUGUCAUUGAAAAAGUGCCCGGAAAUGAAGCUACUCCUUGGGUUUUACCCAUUGUAGCUGUCCCCAAAAAAGACGGACAGGUUCGCAUAUGUGUCGAUAUGCGGCUCGCAAAUGAAGCUAUAAGACGAGUACGCCAUCCUAUACCAACAGUAAAUGAUGUUAGUUUUGCCCUGAAUGGAGCAAAAAUUUUCUGGAAACUUGAUUUGAGCCAAGCGUAUCAUCAGUUAGAACUGGAUGAACAGUCUCGUUAUAUAACAACCUUUAGCACUCAUGUAGGUUUGUAUCGCUACAAAAGACUAAACUAUGGUACAAACGCUGCAGCGGAGAUAUUUCAGUACACACUCCAAACCGCACUGCAAGGGCUUAAAGGCGUCAAGAACAUAGCUGAUGAUAUCAUUGUAUUCGGCUCAACAAGAACUGAACAUGACGCUAAUCUUGACAAAUGUCUACAACGACUUGCAAUGAAGGGCUUACGACUAAACCGAAGCAAGUGUAAUUUCCUUAGUACUAUACUGUCAUUUUUCGGACAGGUCUUUUCGAAAGAAGGCACUCAUCCUGAUCCUAGGAGAGUAGCUGAUCUAUUAAAUGCACCUCAGCCAAAUAAUGCACAUGAAGUCAGGAGCUUUCUUGGCAUGGCCAACUAUAGUAGUAAGUACAUUCGAGAUUUCGAAACACUAACUGCUCCCCUUCGUGACCUGACGAAAAAGGAUGUUCGUUUUGAGUGGACUCAAACACACCAAACUGCUUUUGUCAAGCGUGGAAAAACACGCUUGCAAUUCCUCCAUGUAUGUCAUAUUUCGACAAAAACAAACAAACUUUUGUAACAAUUGAUGCUAGUCCUGUAGGAAUUUCUGGAAUUCUUUCUCAGAAAGCAAGAAACGGUGACGUAGACAGUCAACAGAUAAUUGCAUAUGCCAGCCGAGCGCUGACUGAUACAGAAAAGAGAUACUCCCAGACGGAAAAAGAAGCGUUAGCGAUAGUAUGGGCGGUUGAAUAUUUCCAUUUAUUUUUAUUUGGAAGUGAAUUUACACCAAUAACUGACCAUAAACCUUUAGAAAUUAUUUAUGGUCAACGUACUGUACAGCCAAAACAACAGCACGAAUUGAAAGAUGGGUGCUUCGCCUCCAACUAUAUACAUUUAAGAUAUUUUAUAAAUCAGGUGCCAGCAACCCUGCGGACUAUCUUUCUCGUCAUCCAACAAACGAAAGCGAACGAACACAGGAGAAGAAGACGCAACAAUAUAUUAAUUUUAUAACUCAGAACAGUGUCCCUAAGGCGAUGGCAUUACAAGAAAUAAUCAAUGCAACUAACGCAGACGCGGCACUAACAGCACUCCAUGAUGCAAUUAAAACAAACAAAUGGGAUUCCCCAAUUGUAAAACCGUUCAAAGCCGUAAAAAACGAAUUUACGUCUACCACACACGGUGUUAUACUUCGAGGAACACGGAUUGUCAUUCCUGCUGCUCUACAAUAA